CAUCCAACGACCUCCAAAGAAAAGCAGUAGCAUCACCGCACUCAUCUUCGUUGCCACCUGGCUCAACGCGCACCUUCUCAAGACUCGCCAACACCCACGUUUUCGAUAACCUGCGAGCAGCCAUGUCGGAAUACUGGAAAUCGACGCCCAAGUACUGGUGCAAGCACUGCUCCAUCUUCGUGCGCGACACAGGCCUCGAGCGCGCCAACCACGAGUCCACGGGCAAGCACCAGGGCGCAAUCAAGCGCUCCCUCCGCGACCUGCUGCGCAACGCUGAGCAGAAAGAGCGCGACGAGGACCGCGCGAAACGAGAAGUCGAGCGACUGAAUGGAAUCGUCUCCAAGAGCAUCGCCCCGUCGGCGCAGCCCGGGGCCCUGCCCGGCAGAGCGACGUCGGGCGGCGCGCCACCGCCACAGCAAGCCACAGAAGAAGACAGGAAACGGCAGAUACAACAGCUCGCCGAGAUGGGCGUCAACAUACCAACACCGCUGAGAGGCGACUUGGCCUUGCCCGGCGAGUGGACCGUCUCGUCGACAAGAAUCAUCAAGGUCAACGAUGGCGAGCCCGAAGAAGCCAAGGAAGAAGUCUCUGAUGCUGCACGCGCCGUGGGCGUCAAGCGGGAGAGAGAGCGCACAGAAGCCGAGAAGAAACAGGAGGAGGCUAUCAACGGGCUGUUCAAGCGACCCCGCAGAUGGGGCAUCGACUCUAAGAGGCUGCCCACCGACGAAGACGCCGAGCUCGAUGCGUUGCUGAGCGGGCCGCUAGUCAAGAUGAAAAAGGAAGAGACUGCGGAGGCGCCCAAGCUCGAGGUUGAGGAUAGCAAUGCGGAGGAUAACAAGGCAGUCGAUAGCAAGGCGGAGGGAAAGGAAAUGGGCGGGGAGGAGACGAGGGAGGUGGCUGCGGGGAUCCCGCCAUUGAAAAGGGAGCCAAGCGAGGACGAGGUUGGUAUGGGAGAAGCCGCCGCGAUAGAGCAAAAGGCACCGGAACUUCUUGCUCCCAAGGACGAAGGCGAUGCUGCGGCAGUGGUGUUCAAGAAGCGCAAGCCUAAGAACAUACGGCAGAAGUAGUCGGGGCUGGAGCUGGAUGUACGCACAAGUACAUUUUAUACUAAUGGACCUAUGAUACCCAAGAACUAUUUUCCCUUACCCAUUAUGUUUUGUUUUGUUUAGCUGACCACUAUUGUCUGUGUAUGUACCUGUGCUCCAGCCGGGUAGUGUUAAUAGCAUCUCAAGUACACAGAGCUCCCAGUUAGAUCCGCACGUCUCGCGGCCCUUACUGCGAGCGUCAGAGUCUUUCCUCCGAUCGAAGACCAGGAGCCCUUCGCGAGGCCAAGUAAGGGGUGUGUUCUUUUAGGCUACAGCCACCCCUCCAGAGUCCCCUUUUCCUAGUCCUGCAUUUGUCGUUGCCAAUAUGACUCAUGCUCUUGUUAUCUCUAGAUACGGUAG